AUGUACAAUUGUAAAUCAGCACAAAAGUCGAGGGUAAAAGGAUCACUGGACCAUGACGACACGAUUCAAGAAGAAUCGGAAGAAGCGAGGCCACGUGAGCGCCGGACACGGCCGCAUCGGAAACACCGGAAACACCCCGGCGGCCGCGGAAACGCCGGAGGUAUGCACCACCAUCGAAUCCUCUUCGACAAGUACCACCCUGGUUACUUCGGCAAGGUGGGCAUGAGGUAUUUCCACAGGCUCCGUAACAAGUUCCACUGCCCCAUUGUCAACGUGGACAAGCUCUGGUCGAUGGUACCCCAAGACGUCAAAGACAAGGCGGAUCAGAAAAAUGUUCCAAUGAUCGAUGUGACUCAGUUCGGGUAUUUUAAGUUGCUUGGAAAAGGGGUUUUGCCCAGUGAUCAACCGGUGGUGGUGAAGGCCAAGCUUGUGUCCAAGAUUGCUGAGAAGAAGAUUAAAGAGGCUGGUGGUGCCGUUGUUCUCACCGCUUAG